AUGGUACCGCAGUGUUCAUGUAAAGUGUACAACCACAGAACUGUGGGAAGCAGCAGGGAGUGGGAGCAUCAUUUCCAAGUUAUAUGGGAUGGUCCUGAAACUGGUUUACUACAAGCAAAUGUGAAGAAGUCAACAUGUAUCCUCUUUGGAGUAUAUGAAGCAGGUGAGGUGGGGCAUGUUCAUGUUCAGUAUGUGAAGUAUAGCCCCAAACCCAUCGGUACCCUGUAG